UGUGUUGUGUGGUGUGGGGUUAUAAGACACGCGCUGAAAAGGCGCGUAGUACGUAGGAAAUGUGUGAUGUUGUUGUGAACGGCCUUAACCACCUCCCCCCAGUGUCCAUGCAAAAUCAUAUAACACCAUCCUCAUUUCUCCUCAACAAAACUUAACAGACUCUCUUCUCUCUUUCUCACUCUGAUUCUCUUUCUCUCUCUGCUUGAGAUUGUACGGACUCAGUUGACGAUUCUUUCUUUCUUUUCCUCUCUCUCUCUCUGCAAUAUCGAACGAUUUCUCCGUGGAAAUUACGAGUGCAAUAAUGGCGGCAGCUCCGAUUGUCACCACACCGCCAAUUGCGUUGUACGUCGGAGAUCUUCCACCGGACGCUACCGAAGACCAUCUGAAGGAGAUUUUCAAAGAUUUCCCGAGUAUGGUCUCUGUUCGAGUCUGUAGGGACUCUCAAACUGGUCGCUCUCUCCGCUAUGGCUACACCAACUUUCUUAACGCCAAAGAUGCACUUCAGGCUAUUACAACGAAAAAUCACAGCUUGCUGAAUGGGAAACAGAUCAGAGUUAUGUGGGCAAAUCGUGAUCCUGGUUCAAGAAAGAGUGGGAUAGGGAAUGUGUUUGUGAAGAACUUGUGCGAGUCCAUUGAUAACGUGCGUCUUCAAGACUUGUUUAGCAAAUUUGGAUACAUUUUAAGUUGUAAAGUGAACAAGUAUGAUGAUGGAAAAAGCAAAGGACAUGGCUUUGUUCAAUUCGACAAUGAGGACUCUGCAGUUGCUGCUAUUCAGAGCAUGAAUGGAACCACUAUUGGCGAUAAGCAACUAUUUGUAUCCAAGUUUAUCGGGAAGUAUGAAAGAAUGAAGACCAGUGAUGUUAAAUUUACAAAUCUGUACGUUAAAAACUUGGACCCAUCUGUUAAUGAAGAGCUUCUGAGAGAGAAAUUCUCAGUAUUUGGAAAUAUUAGUAGCUUGGCUAUUGCAAAGAAUGAGAGUGGGAAGCCCAGAGGCUUUGUUUUUGUGAAUUACGAUAACCCAGAUGAUGCUAAACGAGCGGUAGAAGGCAUGAAUGGUUCAGAAUUAGGCUCCCAGAUUCUGUAUGUUGCAAGAGCACAGAAAGCAGUAGAGCGCAAGCAAAUUCUGAAACAUCAAUACGAGGAAAAACGCAAAGAGAAAAUUAAGAAGUACAAGAACUCUAACGUGUACAUAAAGAAUAUCGAUGAUGAUGUGACUGAGGAAGAGCUGAAAGAACACUUUAGUCAGUGUGGUACUAUAACCUCUGUAAAAUUAAUGACGAAUGACAAAGGAAUUAACAAAGGGUUCGGGUUUGUUUGCUUCUCUACUCCUGAAGAGGCCUACAGUGCUGUUAAUACUUUCAAUGGGUCAAUGUUUCAUCGGAAACCUUUAUACGUGUCUAUUGCUCAGAGAAAGGAGGAUAGACAAGCCCACCUGCAGCAGCUUCACCAUAUGCAUCGUCUGUCAGGACUAUCUGCACCUUCAGCUUCUGUUGGCACUGCUGGAGGGUAUUCUCCUUUCUACUACUCUGCUCCUCCUUCUGGUGUUGUUCCGCAAGUGCCUUCUGGGCCAGGGUUACUAUAUCCAUCUCCAGGUUUCAGACCAGAUUGGAGGGUUAAUGGUUUUGCUACUUCAUCCAGACCCCCCUUCCAGCCACCAUCACCACUUCCUAUUCAUCCAAAUGCUUGUAGACACCACAGGCCAAACAGGGGUAGGAUGAAUGGACACAUUCUUCCGAGUGUGUCACACUUGCAACAACAGCUGCCAUUGAUGUAUCCAAAAGAUUCAACUAAUCAGCAGCGUAAUGGGCAAUCAAAAUAUUUGCCAAAUGGGCGUGUAAGAGACACUAACAGGGGAUCAUCUGGAUUCUCAUCCCAUCUUCAUCAUCCUCAAGGGCUAGAAAUUUUGAGCAGCAUGCUCUCUGCUGCUUCUCCUCAGAAUCAGAAGCGUAUGCUUGGAGAUCGUCUCUUUCCAAUGGUCAGCAAAUACCAGCCGGAUCUGGCUUCGAAAAUCACUGGAAUGCUUCUGGAUAUGGACAAUGCAGAGCUGCUGCUAUUGCUGGAGUCACCAGACUCAUUGGUUACCAAAGUGAAGGAAGCUGUGGAGGUUCUUAAGAGUGUGUCAGAGUCCAACUCCAACUCCAACUCCAACUCUAAGUCCAACAACAGCCCCAUUCACUUGUCUGCUGAGGUUGCAGUGAAUUGAUCAUAUCAUCUUUGAUCAUCUUUUACUCAACUAACUCAACCAUAACUUUCUGUGUCUAUGGUAGAGGCAAAGUACUUUAGUAAAGCAUUGGAACAACUAUGAGGCAUUUUGAACAAUUCUUUUCUGACUUCUUUCACCACCAUUUCUUAAACUUUGUUUCUUGGGGUGAAUUGAAAAUGGUUAAAAUGGUUUUCACCGAUCUUUCUCAUAAGAUUUAGAAGAGAAUGACACUUAUCGUUUUCGAUCA